ACCAAUGAAAAGUAGUCACUGACUGCAGAGAAAAAGAAGUUUUCCUGUUGACUGUUGGAAGCGAAUUGAGCAAUUAUCUAGUUUACCUUCUCCUCUUGGAAGUUAACGAUUGGCGAGAUCUUGGCUGCGUUAUUGACACAACACUUUCUAUUGAUAGAAAUAAGUAGUGAUUGUCCCCGAGUCAUUGGUGCGCCAAGAACUCUGCGAUGGGCUGGCAGGAGUCCAUUGGGCUGGGCAGACAGGUUCUGCUGGUGAUGCUGGGGAGGAGGAGGAGGAGGAGGCUGCUGGUGGUGAUGGUGCCCGUCCCCUUCUCCGCAGGUCUGUGACAAGGAGGGAACAAGGCAACGAAGGAGCAGCCCGGCCCCGGCUGACGGACGCUGGCGACUCAGACAUGGACAGUAACUGCCAUAACUCGACUGCCAAAAUGUUAGCGACUGCUCCGGCCCGGGGCAACAUGAUGAGCACCUCCAAACCCUUGGCUUUCUCCAUCGAAAGAAUCAUGGCGCGCACCCCUGAGCCCAAGGCGCUGCCGGUCCCGCACUUUCUGCAGGGAGCCGUGCCCAAAGGAGACCCCAAGCACUCUCUGCAACUCAACUCGUCGAUCCCCUGCAUGAUCCCCUUCGUGCCUGUGGCGUACGACACAAGCUCCAAGGCCGGAGUGACCGGCUCGGAGCCGCGGAAAACAAGUCUGGAGGUCCCGGCUACGCCGACCGCGGCGCCCACCGCGCCCGCGUUCAACUGCAGCGACCUGCUCAACUGCGCGCUGAGUCUAAAGGGCGAUCUGGCCCGCGACGCGCUGCCACUGCAGCAGUACAAACUGGUAAGGCCGCGUGUGGUCAACCAUUCAUCCUUCCAUGCCAUGGGAGCCCUAUGCUACCUGAAUCGAGGUGAUGGCCCGUGCCACCCGGCGGCCGGCGUUAACAUCCACCCGGUGGCCUCCUACUUCCUCAGUUCCCCUUUGCACCCGCAGCCAAAAACGUAUUUAGCCGAAAGGAAUAAACUGGUGGUCCCGGCGGUGGAGAAGUACCCCUCGGGAGUAGCUUUCAAAGACUUAUCCCAGGCUCAGCUGCAGCAUUACAUGAAAGAGAGCGCCCAGCUUCUGUCCGAAAAAAUCGCUUUUAAAACCUCUGACUUCAGCCGAGGCUCACCUAAUACCAAGCCCAAAGUUUUCACUUGCGAAGUGUGUGGAAAGGUCUUCAAUGCACACUAUAACUUAACCCGUCACAUGCCGGUGCAUACAGGAGCCAGACCGUUCGUUUGCAAAGUGUGUGGAAAGGGCUUCCGGCAAGCCAGCACCCUGUGCAGGCACAAGAUCAUUCACACCCAGGAAAAACCUCACAAAUGUAACCAGUGUGGCAAAGCGUUUAAUAGAAGUUCCACUUUAAACACCCAUACCCGAAUACACGCAGGCUACAAACCAUUUGUGUGUGAAUUCUGUGGCAAAGGAUUUCAUCAAAAAGGAAAUUACAAAAACCACAAGUUGACCCACAGCGGGGAGAAACAGUUCAAGUGCAAUAUCUGCAACAAGGCUUUCCACCAGGUGUACAACCUCACCUUCCACAUGCACACCCACAACGACAAGAAGCCCUUCACCUGCCCCACGUGCGGCAAGGGCUUCUGCAGGAACUUUGACCUCAAGAAGCACGUUCGCAAGCUGCACGACAGCAGCCUGGGGCUGACCCGUACGUCUGCUGGGGAGCCGGGCGCCGACCCACCGCCCGCUCUCCAGCAGAUGCCGCCUGCGACGCUGCCUCAGCUGCCGCCGCCGCUGCCGCCGCCACUGCCCCCCCCGGGGCCUCUGCAGCCUGGGCUCCACCCGGGCCACCAAUGAUCAAGGCCAAAGUCCCUUCUCAGCACCAGCCGGGGUCCCCACUACUGAGGCAGCGGCGGAAUACCGCUGGGCCUGCUGAUCCAGACUCAUCUGCAGAACCCGGAGGGCAUGCUGGGCCCCACACGUUAGCGCCGACCAGAAGCCUCGGCAUUCCCCGGCCUUCCGCCCCUUGCAUGCACCUGCUAAAUGGUUUUGUGUAUUAUAUUCUACAUAGGCACUAACAAUUAUGAGAAAAUUUUGGGGUUUUGUUUUCUGAUUUAAAAAAAAAACUUGGACAGAACUUCACAUCUCGGGUGGAGAGAUGGUGUUUGUUUUGUUUUGUUUUGUUUUGUUUUUUAAAACAAAUUUCUGCUGUAUUUAUUGAGAUCUGUAUUACCCUACCCGAGAAUGCUGCACCAUUUUAAUUUUAUUAUUGUAUAUAUUUCCAUUGUGUUGAUUCUUUGGUCUCAAGAUGCCUGCCAAUUGUUUAUUAUCAUUUCCUCUUUUCCUGAGGUAACAAAACACUGUGUAUGUUAUAUAUACACACAUAGAUGUGUGUGCCUGUAAAGGCACAUUCCACAUUCGUGAGCACACAGGCGCCCAUCCACAUUAGAUAACGGUGGUUCAUUAUGGAUGAUUUUAAUUUUGGUUUUGAUUCUUGCACGUGAAAAUCGAUUGUUGGAAAUAAAUACC